UAGAGACAUAACUGAUUCUCUUGUUUCUUUUAGCCUUCAAGAUGUACAAGCUUUAUUUUGUUUAAAUUUAGGUGGAUUCUAAAAGUGUAUUGCAUUGUUUGUCUUUGAUUGUCUCAAUUUAACGUUGAUUGAAUAAUUUCAGGAAAUAUGUUAGAAUUGUUUCCAUGAUAUCCUUCAAAGAAGACAAAAGAAACAAAACAUAGAAAAUUUACUCCCACCCACAGGCAAGAAAACAGGGGAGAAAGAAAGAGAGCAAGAGAGGGAGGGAGAAUGCGUGUGAGAGAGAGACAGGAAGAGAGACAGAGGGUAAGAGAGGGAGAACAGUCGAUGGAUGCUGUUUGGACAGAUUGGGCGGUAUAUUCUUCUGUGAUAAGGACUAGAGUGCUGCAGGAAUGGAUGGCAAGGGAAAACACAUUCCUCCAGCAAUGGUAUGGUGUGAGAGGGGCAUACAGGUGCUUCUCACCACUGUGGGGGCCUUUGCUGCAUUUGCCCUGAUGACAGUGGCCAUCGGCACAGACUAUUGGCUGUACGCACGUGCCUUUAUCUGCAACAGCACUGCCAACUCCACUCAGGAUGACCCCCACAACAAGGACAAGAAAGACCCUGGAGCCCUCACCCACUCUGGCCUCUGGAGGAUCUGCUGCCUUGAAGGGUUAAAAAGAGGCGUGUGCUCCCAGAUCAACCAUUUCCCAGAGGAUGCUGAUUAUGACCAGGAUGCUGCAGAAUACCUCUUACGUGUAGUCAGGGCCUCCAGUAUAUUCCCCAUUCUCAGUGCUAUACUGUUGCUGCUAGGUGGGGUAUGUGUGGCAUCCAGUCGGUUCUACAAGAGUAAGAGACACAUUAUCCUGGGAGCAGGCAUUCUGUUUGUUGUAGCAGGCCUGAGUAACAUCAUUGGUGUGAUCGUGUACAUCUCAGCGGCACUGAGCGACAUCUCACCAAAGAAGGAUGAAGACAAGAAGUGGCACUACUCAUAUGGCUGGUCUUUUUACUUUGGUGGCCUGUCAUUCAUCCUAGCUGAGGUGGUGGGUGUGCUAGCCGUUAACAUCUACAUUGAGCGCAACAAGGAACUGCGUUGCCGCUCACGCGCUGACCUCUUCCACAGCACUACAUCAGCUGUGCUGCGGCUACCCUCUUACCGCUUCCGCAGGGGCCGCCGUUCCUCACGCUCCAGUUCACGCUCUACAGCUGAGCCACCGCGUUCAUGUGACCCCUCACCUCCUGGCCUAGGUGUCAAGAACUUCAGCCCACCUCUGGCCACUGGCCCACCACCAUUCUCCGUGGCUACGUUGCCCAACCCACACACACACACGGGAGGAGGAGGGGUAGGGGACAUCUCCAUGUACACACUGGGCAGGGAAGGCAAGCCACCCAUGUACGGAACAGUGGACCGUGCCUCUCUCUACCAGCUUCACAACUACUUCCCAACAAAGGAAGGAGGAGCAGGGACACUCAUGACUGGGACAUUGCCAUCACUUUCCAAAUCAAACCUGGCUUCAUCAGCUAAUGCCUCGUCUUCCUCCGGCCCUGGAGUGCAGCCAUCCGCACUCACAGCUGGGAAUACAGCGACUAUGGAGAGGGAUAGGGGGCUCGGCACGCUUGAUCGGCUGGGGAAAGGUGAUAGCAGCAACACCAAUACUCUCAACAGGAGAACGACCCCUGUGUAAUGCGGAACUCAGAAAAGGGGGGUAGGGGAAGGAGGUGGGAAAGAAGAGAAAAUGAAAGAGAGUGUGGUUGCUUGGUCAGCUGGCAAAAGGCAAUAGCUCCAACAUCAACAUGAGGUGUGGUGAUUUUUGGGCAUGGGGGGUUGGGGAGGGGCUCAAGGAGAGAGGUAUAUAGAAAGAGAGAAAGAUUGGGAGAAAUGGAAGAGGAAACAUGAUAAUCUGAACUGAGACAAGGCAAGGAGGUUUAGGAAGAGGAAGCGUGGGAGGUAGAGAGACAAGAGAGAGAGAGGGCUGAGAAUCAGAGAAAAGGAGGAUGACUCAGAGGACACUGAGAAGAGAGAGAUAAGCCAAUCAUCCUCCUUUUCUCUCUCCAUAUCUGUUUUCAAACAUGGUGACUUUAGUCAUAAAUAGAGUUACAUUCGCACUUUUACUGAUUCAUGUCAAAAUACUUGAUGUGUGUGAUGGUGGUCUUACUUUGGUCUCUUUUGAGUCCAGUGCUUUAUCAUCAGGUUUAUGCCUGUUACUUAUUUAGCAUUCCAAUAUAGUCACUCUUAUUAUUGUAGAUGUUAAUGUUUGGGUUACUGGAAUUCCCUUUGUUAUGAAAUUGUUUAUUUAAUAAUUUAUUUAUUUUGUUUCCAUUUUAGUAUAUGAACUAAACUGUGAUUUUUUUUUUUUGCACAUACUGACACAAUAUUUUAUAAUGUCAUUCAGUGUCAAGCAAGUGCAUAUUUGUGAGGUUUUGUGACAUUAUUGGCGUCAUCAUCAAUCAUCAUCAUUUUAUUAUUAUUAUUAUUAUUAUUAUUGUCACUUUCACAAAGACAAUACUUAGACUUGUGAAAUUUCCUUUAUUGUAAUUGUAGGUGUAUUAAUAGUUAGAUUCCAUAUGAAUAUGUUUGUUUAAAUUACUAAAAUUAGUCUCCUUAAUAUUUUUGCAGUGGGCUAAGAAGUUUGAUGUACUGUUUACCAGAAAACUGAGUUUUGGGAAAGGACAAAAGUAGAGUGUGAAAUUAAAGACUUUUGCCAGAGGAGCAAUACUUAUACCUAUAAAACCUCACCAGAAAAGACAAAAAACUAUAUGAAUAUGUGUGAGACUUUUUUGACAAAUAAAACAAAAUAUAUUCUAGUAAAUGUAUGCAA